AUGUCAAUAUUGUAUGAACCGACCGCAUUGCCUCUAGCAAACACUCCUACAAUGUUUAAUACUGUUCCCGGAAGCAAAGCUCGUCCAAGCUCUCAAUCGCAGUCGAUUCCAGUGGAAUUUCAAGCAGUGCUCUUUGCUGGCUUUGGUAACAGUUUAUAUCCAUUGACCGGCAAUGAUUCCUUGCCAAAAGCUCUACUUCCUGUUGGCAAUAAGCCCAUGCUUCAUUAUCCCUUGUACUGGUUAGAAGCAGCUGGGUUCAGCUCUGUUAUCAUCAUUUGCAUGGAAGAAGCCGAGGCUCACAUCAGCUCUUGGUUACGCUCUGGUUACGACGGCCAUUUAAGAGUGCAUGUGGAAGCUCCUACUGUGAUGGACGACUCCAUGGGUUCUGCCGAUGCUCUUCGUGCUGUGUCCCAUUUGAUCAAGACUGAUUUCGUUUGUCUAAGUUGCGACAGCAUCACUGAUUUGCAACCUUAUAUGGUUUUAGAUCGCUUUCGUUUGAAUGACCCUUCUGCGCUCAUCGUGUAUAGCCAUGUAUUAAAGCAUGAACACAUUACAAACCAAUCUAAGGAGAUUACUGAGAAGCAUUUAAUUGGCGUUGAAGAAUCGUCCCAGAGAUUGUUAUAUGCCAAAAGCUCAGCUGAUAUUGGAGGAGAUUUGUCCCUUCGAAUGUCCUUAUUAUGGAAGCAUCCUAAUAUUACCCUUCACACAAACCUCGGUGACUCUCAUAUAUAUGUUUUCAAACAUUGGAUCAUUGAUCUCAUCCGGGAAAAGGAAAACAUUUCCUCCAUUAGCAGUGAUUUAAUUCCUUAUUUGGUGAAAUGCCAAUACCAAAGACCGUUUGCCAUCCGGGAAGAUAUUAACAAAUACUUGCAAAACUCUGCAGAUGAAGAUUAUGAAGAUAUUUCUAAUGAGUUACUUAUCAAUACCUUUAUUGCAAAGGAAGAAUAUCUUUGCGCUCGUGCAAAUAAUUUGCCCAAUUACUUCGAACUCAACAGAUGCAUUGCUAAAUUGACGCCUGAUCCUCGUCUCAUCGAUGUCAAUGUUUCUGAAAGAGCUCUCGUCGGAGCUGAUUGCAUGGUCAAUGAGGGUACUGCCAUCUGCGAUAAUAGCAACAUUAAAAAGAGUAUCAUCGGAAGAAAUUGUUCCAUUGGUAAAGGCGUUGUCGUCAGCAAUUCCAUUCUUAUGGACAACAUUGUCGUGGAGGACGGUGUUCGCUUAGAUUGUUGUAUUGUUGCUUCUGGAGCCAGCAUCGGUCAACGAUCCAAGCUUCGAGAAUGCGAAAUUGGCGUCAAUCAUAAUGUCGAGGCCAAACGUACCGCUAGAGGUGAACGGUUAGUAGACAUGGAAAAGAUUGAAACGGACGACGACAAAUAA